AUGAUCAAGGCGCUUGCUGUCCGCAUUUAUGCGGAGAUAACUAUACUAUACGUCAAUAUACUUUACAACAGCCCCAGUGAAUUCACCACUUUAAAUUCAUGAUGUCACAUGCCGACGGUGACACGAAUCAGUAGGGCCGCCUCCCGCAAGGUCAGAAGAGUCGGCGACUCGAUCUCCAUUGCCGGCGGGUAUCGGGUGCGGGAGUGUUUCAAGGACAGCCGUAUCUCCGUGCACCGAGUCCGGGUGUCGGUGCAAGACGGGACGGCGCAGUGCGGGUGCAUGCGAAACGUGUGUUUUAUGUCUGAAAGGCGUAGGGACGGUGCCUGUGUCGCCAGACCUAUUGGAUCAUGAAGCUGUGGUGCGACUCGCAGGUGAUUCCGGUACAUUUGUCCCGAGCUGCGAUGCUGGCUGCCGCGGCAUGCGGUAUUGGAGCCGCGUUGCUUCUCAGUGGAUGGAUGGACUCGGUGCGGGCGUCGAAAAAGACGCGCAGAGCCCGCAAGCGCAGGGAGGAGUCGUUUGGGCUAGCAGAAAAAGCAGUGAAGGAGUUUGCAGAACAGAACCCUGGGAUAGAUAGUGAUGAAGUUACGGCUCUGUCUCUCAGUGAGCUUAGCAAACAACUGAAAGACGGAGAGUUGAGUCCCCACGCUGUUCUUCAUGCCUACAUUGAGAAGGCUUUGCAGGUCAGCCGGAGGCUCAACUGCAGCACCGAGUUCCUUUUGGAGAGUCGCAAGCAGCUGAGAGAGUUAGAGACGUGUCAGGAUGGACUCCUGUUUGGCAUUCCAGUUAGCAUAAAGGAAAAUUUGACUUACAAGGGUCAUGACUCCACCUGCGGUGUCAUCGCUAAGCUGGACCAGCCUGCCACUGCUGACUCGGUCCUGGUCCAGGUGCUGAAAAGACAGGGUGCCGUACCAUUUGUCAAGACUAAUGUUCCUCAGGGACUGCUCAAUUAUGACUGCAGUAACCCAAUAUAUGGACAGACACUGAACCCUUGCAAUCUUCAGAAGACUCCUGGGGGGUCCUCUGGUGGGGAGGGGGCGCUGAUUGCUGGAGGAGGAUCAAUCCUGGGAAUCGGGACGGAUAUUGCGGGCAGCGUCCGCAUUCCGGCGUCUUUUUGCGGAAUUUGCGGUUUCAAACCCACUUCUGGUCGAUUGAGUUUGCGUGGUUGUGUUUCCUGUGUCCGAGGACAAAAAUCUGUCUUGUCGACGGCCGGCUGCUUGGCUAAGGAUGUAGACGGCCUUGCCCUGUUAAUGAGGGCGCUUUUAUGUGAAGACAUGUAUUUCCUGGACCCUAUGGUUCCUCCAGUUCCAUUUAAGGAGCAGGUGUACUCCAGCACCAGGCCGCUAAGAAUUGGCUACUAUGAGAACGACGGCAUGACGCUGCCAUCUCCUGGCAUGAGCCGAGCUCUGCGGGAGGUCAGAGAGCUGCUGGAGAAAGCUGGGCACACGAUUGUCCCAUUCACUCCGCCCAGGCUGUUCUACGCCAUGCAUGAGUUGAUCGUCAGGGGGAUUAUGGCAGAUGCAGGUGUCUCACUCCUUAGCAACUUGAAAGGAAGUCCAAUUGACCCCUGCCUCAAAGCUCAGACCAACAGCUAUAAACUUCCUCUGAUCUUCAAGAAGAUCAUUUCCUUUUUCCUGAGCCCACUGUACCCUCGCCUGGGAAAUCUAAUUCGGGGAAUUUGUGGAGUCAGUUCAGUGACUGAUCUUUGGAAGCAGCAUGCAGAAGUGGAGGACUACACCCAUGAAUUCAUUGCAGAGUGGAGAAAGCUGGAGUUGGACGUGGUUCUUUGCCCCAUGCUUGGCCCAGCAUACAACUUUGGAUUUUGUGGGAAGCUUACCUGUGCCUCCAGUUAUACUGUCCUCUAUAAUCUUGUCAACUUUCCUGCUGGAACUGUGCCUGUCUCCACGGUGACGCAGGAGGACGAGAAUGAGCUAAAGCAUUAUAAGGGUAAUUUUCGUGAUAUCUGGGACAAGACCUUCAAAAAGGCUGUGACAGGUGGUCAGGGGCUGCCGUUGGCUGUGCAGUGCGUCUCUCUGCCCUGGCAGGAUGAGCUGUGCCUACGCUUCAUGUGGGAGAUUGAGCAGCUAGUUAAACAGCACAGAAACAAGUAGCCUCAUUUAGCAGCUGUGUGGCUGUAGAUCUAGUCUGUGCUGCAAGGGCUGCAUGAUAUCACAUUGUGAUUACGUGACACGUGCAAUAAUCUCCAGGGCUUUAGAUGACGGUGAUAUCGUACAGCUGCAGUGCAGCAGUAGACUGGAUCAUGUGUACUCCACAUUUUUAAUGUUUUGUUUUGCUAAUGGAAAAAAAUGUGUGAAGGAAAAACUAUUUGAUUAUGCGUUUGAUAUGUAACAUUAUGCAUUAAUAAGCAAACAUUUAUGGUUAUUUCUAAAACUGAUGAACAGGAAUAGAUGUGUAGGAUUUUGGGCCUUAAGCAACAGAAGGGGAGGCCUCAAGACACUGAAAAUGGAGAAACUUGUUGGCGUAUGUUCAGUGAAAAUGUUGGUAGCUCCCUCCCUGGACAUUUUUGUUUCAGGUAGACACUUCUAAAGGAAUGUUGUGUCUUCUUUUCUUAGGCCAGCAUCAGGCUGAAGUGUUUUUCCCAAAAACUUUCUGAGCAAUAAUCCAUAGCUUGAGGUGGACUGAGAAAGCAGCCGUUUCAAAACGUACACCCUGUAACUCCAGAGAAGCUGUGAACUCCCUGCAGUGGGACAACAUAAGCAUGCUAUACUUCCAUUGGUCCAAUGCUUCUAACAUACAUGACUUGUACUGCUCAAGUGAAUCAUGCAUCUUCCCACUCUAUGCGAACCUGAGUGACGGCGACGUCAUGCUUCUCGGCGCUUUGUCAUGACGUUUUCUGAAGGUUCUGCAAUGCUGUUGGGAACAUUUCUGGGGGUUCUUUGAAUUGGUGAAAAUAGUAGGCCUGCUGCGAUUCGUUGACAUAGUCGAUGCUGUUGAAGCUAAAAUGGUCGACAUCAGUAUUUUAAAUUGCCACUUUUGUAAAAUUAUCUUUACGAUUUGUAAUAUGCUUCUUUAUAACAAAUUAAUCGUUUAAUAUCACCAGGAAAUUGUGGGAGUACUUCACAUUAGCACCAAACAAAAAGAUGGUUUGCACAACCUGCAAAGUUCGAUGACGUACUACAGUGGCACUAGCGCAAUGCACAAGCACCUGGAGAAAAAACACCCAGGCGCAUACAGUAUGUUCUCAAAAUAAAAAUAAACGGUCAGUUUGAUUUUUUUGGAGAGAAAUUCAUUAUAUUAAUCGACAAUUGGUGAAAUAGUCGUUAGAUUAAUCCAUAGAAAAAUAGUCGUUAGUGGCAGCCCUAGAAAAUAGCAUUAGCUAGAGUCCAUGAGAGCGACAUGUUCCUGCAGGGUGACACAAUAUCCAGUCUUUCCAGUUUUAUUUGACUGUUAAUCUUUCCAGUUUUGUUGGAGAAAUUUGAAUGUGAGCUGCAGUAGUAACAACACGAUUAUCAAACUAGUAUAUUAUCUUCGCACGUCACUUUGAUUUAGAGUCUUAUCUUGCACACACAUUAAGAACUAUUUCUAAGAAGAUGCAUUCAAAAUAAAUUGCUUAGCUAAAUUAUUUCAUUACUGAAAAAUAAAAAUUCUUAAUGUGUGCAGUGACAUUUUUACAAUAAAACUAAUUUCAUUGUAGCAUUUCGAAUCGAUUGUAAUAAGCUGUAUUAAAAAUACAUUUUCAUUAAAAAUAAACAUCCAAAUGUG